GCCAUGGCCGGGGCGCGCCCGGAGGUCCACGCGCUCCAGCUGGAGCCCCUGAAGGUCCCGGAGACCCUGAUGAAAGGCAGCAAGUUCAUCAAAUGGGACGAGGAACCAACAAGCCGGGCUCUGGUGACCUUACGGGUUGACCCUAAAGGAUUUUUCCUCUACUGGACUGGCCCAAAUAUGGAAGUUGACGUUUUGGACAUCAGCUGUAUCCGUGACACUCGGACCGGGCGCUAUGCCAAGCUACCAAAGGACCCGAAGAUCCGGGAGAUUCUUGGCUUUGGGGGGCCAGAGCAACGGCCCGAGGAGAUGCUGGUGACGGUCGUGCACGGUCCAGACUUUGUCAACGUCAGCUUCCUCAACUUCAUGGCAGUUGUUCCGGAUGAUACGGCCAAGUUGUGGACCGAGGAGCUGUUCAAACUAUCCACAAACAUCCUGGCUCAGAACGCCUCGCGGAACACCUUCCUGCAAAAAGCGUACACUCGGCUCAAGAUCCAGGUCAAUCAGGAUGCAAGGAUCCCUGUCAAGAACAUCCUGAAAAUGUUCUCAGCUGACAAAAAGAGGGUGGAGACGGCUCUGGAGUCCUGCGGUCUUAAUUUUAACAGGAGCGAAUCUAUCAAACCUGAAGAGUUCACCCUGGAGAUCUUUGAACGCUUCCUGAACAAGCUUUGCCUUCGCCCAGACAUAGACAAGAUCUUGCUAGAAAUCGGAGCCAAGGGGAAGCCUUACCUCAGUCUGGACCAGCUGAUGGACUUUAUCAACCAGAAGCAAAGAGACCCCCGUCUCAACGAGAUUCUCUACCCGCCACUGACUCGGGAGCAGGUGCGCCAGCUAAUCAACAAGUAUGAGCCCAACCAACAGUUCCAGCAGCGUGACCAGAUGUCAAUGGAAGGGUUUGGCCGCUACCUGGGGGGAGAAGAGAACACCAUUGUGCCCCCCGAAAAGCUGGAUUUAAGUGACGACAUGACCCAGCCGUUAAGCAGCUACUUUAUUAACUCUUCACAUAAUACCUACCUCACAGCUGGGCAGCUGACAGGCAAUUCCUCAGUGGAGAUGUACCGGCAGGUGUUGCUGAGUGGCUGCCGUUGCAUUGAGCUGGACUGCUGGAAGGGGCGCCCCCAAGACGAGGAGCCCUUCAUCACACACGGAUUCACCAUGACGACUGAAAUCCCUUUCAAGGAAGUCAUAGAGGCCAUUGCUGAAAGUGCCUUCAAGACUUCACCUUUCCCUGUUAUCCUCUCAUUUGAGAACCACGUUGACUCGGCAAAGCAGCAGGCGAAGAUGGCAGAGUAUUGCCGCAGCAUAUUUGGGGAUGCUCUCCUUAUUGAUCCUUUGGAUAAAUAUCCGCUUCAGCCUGGCGUAGCUUUGCCAAGUCCCCAGGAGUUGUUGGGCCGGAUCCUGGUGAAAAAUAAGAAGCGCCGUGUGCACGGCAAGGGAUCUGAAGGCAGCAUUCGGAAAAGGCUCCUGGAGCAGACACCCAGCUCCUACAGCGAUUCAUCCGGAGUGGGUGAGCCAGGCUCUCCUGCGCUAGGCUCUCCUUUUGCAGAGCAGGCUGAGAUAUUGUCACCAGUCAUGACCAACGGUGAGGAGAAGUCUUCUGACAGAAUAGCGAAGCUGGUUGAACCCCGCAAGUCUAUUGACCGUGAAGCUGAGAGUGAAGAGGAGGAAGAGCAGCCGGACCCCAAAAAGCCCACGACAGAUGAGGGCACCGCAAGCAGCGAAGUCAAUGCCACAGAAGAGAUGUCUACACUGGUGAACUACAUCGAACCUGUCAAGUUCAAAUGCUUCGAGGUGGCCAGGAAACGCAACAAAUCUUACGAGAUGUCUUCCUUCGUGGAGACCAAAGGUUUGGAGCAGCUGACCAACAGCCCCAUGGAGUUCGUUGAAUACAACAAGCAGCAGCUGAGCCGGAUAUACCCCAAAGGGACCCGAGUGGAUUCCUCCAACUACAUGCCUCAGGUCUUCUGGAAUGCCGGCUGCCAGAUGGUGGCACUCAAUUUCCAGUCGCUUGACUUGCCAAUGCAGCUGAAUCUGGGCACCUUUGAGUACAAUCGCCGGAGCGGGUACCUACUCAAGCCAGAGUUCAUGCGGCGCCAGGACAAACUCUUUGACCCCUUCACUGAAGAUAUCAUUGAUGGCAUCGUGGCUAAUACCGUCAAAGUGAAGAUAAUCUCAGGACAAUUUCUUUCGGAUAAGCGGGUGGGCAUCUACGUCGAGGUGGACAUGUUUGGGCUGCCGGUGGACACCAAGCGCAAAUUCCGGACGCGGACAUCGCAGGGGAAUUCUUUCAACCCAGUGUGGGAUGAGGAACCUUUUUUGUUCCACAAGGUGGUGCUUCCUACAUUAGCCUCGCUGCGUAUAGCUGUCUUUGAAGAGGGGGGCAAAUUUGUGGGGCAUCGGAUACUGCCCGUCUCUGCCAUCCGUUCAGGCUACCACUACAUUUGCCUGCGCAGCGAAAGCAACCAGCCCCUCUGCCUCCCGGCCUUGCUGGUCUACACUGAAGCCUACGACUACAUCCCAGACGAUCACCAAAAUUAUGCAGAGGCUCUGAUCAACCCCAUUAAACACGUCAGCUUAAUGGACCAGCGAGCCAAGCAGCUUGUGGCUUUGAUAGGAGAGAGUGAGCAGGAGAAUGCAGAGAAGCCACGGACAUCGGUGUCGAGAAGUUCCUCUGGCGUGACCACUGGCCCCACUGAAGAGGCACACAAGCCCCCACCUCCCCUGCUCCCCCCAACCCGGAGCCCCAGCGUAGUUCCCAGUCAAGUGCAAAGGGACGAUCUGAUUGCCAGCAUCCUUGCAGAAGUGUCCCCCCAGUCCCUGGAGGAGCUGCGCCAGCACAAGUCCUUUGUGAAGCUGCUGAAGAAGCAGUACCGUGAGCUGAAGGAGCUCCGGCGGAAGCACAUGAAGAAGAUCUGCAGCCAAAACAAGAAGCAGAGUGCCCAGUUCUCCCAGGGGGAAAAAAGCCGGUUGCGCAGCCAGGAAGGGUCUCAAAGUUCUUUGGAGCUGGAUCAGGAGAGCCAGAUGCAAGGUCUGCUGCAGCUGCGGGAGGUUCAGCACCAGCUGGAGAGGGACUGCAAGCGAGAGCACCUGCGCCAGGCCCAGCAGCGCUUGAGAGAGAUUGCCCGGGAUUGCCAGGCUGCCCAGCUGAAGAAGUUGAAGGAGAUGAGUGAAAAAGAGAAGAAGGAGCUUCAGAAAAUCCUGGACCGGAAACGACACAACAGCAUCACGGAAGCCAAAUCCCGGGAGAGGAAGAGCAAAAAGGACGUGGAACUGACGGAGAUAAACAGGAGACAUAUCACCGAGUCGGUGAACUCCAUUCGCAGGCUUGAGGAAGCCCAGAAACGGCGCCAAGAGAAGCUACUGGCAGGACACCAGGGGAUACUACAGCUGAUUGAGGACGAAGAGCCACGGUUGGCAGCCCAGUUGGAACGCGAGUGCGAGCUGGAGGGCCUCACUCUGCCUCAGGAGAUCCGCCGUUACCUGCAGGAAGAGCUGGAUGGCAGCAUCAGCAACGGGCACCCCCCAGGCUCUCCCCUCGGCCCCACCCCUCCCGAAGAAGACCUGACCGUCUUGUGAGACUUGGAGGAGGACACCCGGCAGUGGCUGCAGUGCUGAUGUGCACAUGCGCACACAUGCACGCGAGAGAGAAACGGGAGGCAUCUUUGGGGCAUCUCCCGCCAUCCCAGGGCUUGUUAAAAAAUGUGUCGCGGGGCAGAGCCUAUGGAAGAAAAACACACACUAAAGGCACUUGGCUUCCCCCACCCCCUUUCCUUUAAAAAGCAAAAAGAGCAAAUGUUUUAUUUUUUUAAACUAAUUUUUUUUUAAUUCAUUAACUAAGUACAACUUGUCUUCUCCCAACCUCUCGGUCUGUGCUUUUUGAAGCUGGAAGAAAGACUUGCGGGAGGAGGAGUGACUGGUGAGGGCUAAAGUAUCAGGCAACCCUGGCGCCACCAACAUGCAUUCAUGCGCACCUCACACGUUGUGGGGGCGAGACAGGGAGGAUGGCAGCUGAUGGCGGCCUCUUUUGUGUUUUUUUUUCCUUUUAAUGCACUAUCUAGGGAGGGUGGGAUCUCCCAUACUCCCUGCUCGCCAAUACUUUUUCCCCUGCAGAGGGGAAGGAAGCAAAAAGGGCUAUUUUAAAAAUAAGAUCCUCCUCUUUAAAAAAAAUAAAAAUGGAGCAUGUGAGGGAAAAACAUGUGGGAAAACACCUCCACUCUCCCCCAGAGGAGCAGGGCUGCCUGCACAUGUAAAGCACAUGACUUCCCCAAAGAAUUCUGGGUACUGUUGUUUGUUGAGGGUGCAGGGAACUAGUCCUCUGUGAGGGGGGAAACUAUAGCUCCCAGGAUUCUUUGGUGGAUGUUGUGCACUUUACCGUGUGGAUAUGUGGGACUGAUCCACCAAGGCUUUUCUCACCAAAGGAGGGCCGGGCCUCCAUACACACUGUACAUUUAUAGCAUGACUCCCUCGCCUCCGGGAAUCCUGGGAAUGGUAGUUUACCCCUCUCUAAGCUCCAAUUCCCAGCACCCUUAACAAACUAUAGUUCCCAGGGUUCUCUUGGGGAAGUCGUGCACUUUAGAUCUUACGGUAUGUACACAACCUGUGUAUGUUUCUCCCUCUCACCCUUCCCCCCUUUCUAUGGGGUGAGGAGCUCGGGGGGCAGGGAAGCGGUGGACAGAUUUGGGAAGGCAAUGCAACAAAAGGGCUAAUUAAAAAAUCCUGGGAGGCAGGUCCUUCGCUGCUUUGGGAGAUGGGUGCGAAGAGCAAAAGGGGAGGGGGGCUUUUGUUCUGCCCAUGUUGUGGCAGGAAGACAACCUAGAGCCCCUCUCUUUUUAUUUCUUAUUUCCUUCCUAUGGAUGUAAUUUUCUUUCUUGCCUUAACUUUUUUUUUAACAUAUGUAAUAAACGUGUAAUUCAGUUGC